CAGAUUCGGUGAUACUUUAUGUUGUACGAGAUGCAUCGAGCCUACCAGCCGAUUUUACCAUGUGGCAGCAAAUAUCUUCAGCUAAAAUGGGACACAGCAAAGUACGAAGAGCACAAGAAAAGGAUCCAAGCGGCAAAACCCUUAGUGGAUACGAGUGCCCCUGCAACAUGCAGCCACCUCCAUCUGAAGUUAGGGAAGCUGAAGUUGGAGGAAGAUCGGCUUUCGGUCAUCAGGAGAUACAACCGUUUGCUGCUGGAGAAGGUGUCCUGCAUCAUGAGAACCAAAGGACAAAUCGACAGCAAAAAUGAUUACGAGGCCAAAAGGUAA